CCGACGGGAAGGGGGCGGAGCCUGCGACGGGAAGGGGGCGGAGCCUGCGACGCCCAGCUGGACGCUUCCUUCCUUCCGCCGGCCCGGACCCAGGAGACAGCGGAGCUGCUAGAGCCAUGAGCCGCUUUAAAUUGAUCGAUAUUGGUAUUAACUUGACAGAUCCUAUGUUCAGAGGCAUUUACAGAGGUACACGGAAACAUCAAGAUGACUUUUUGGAUGUACUAGAGAGAGCAGUCAAAACUGGUGUUAAAAAGUUUAUGAUUACAGGCGGAAAUCUACAAGAUAGUAAAGAUGCAUUGCAGCUGGCCCAGACAAACGACAUGUUUUACAGUACGGUUGGCUGUCAUCCCACCCGCUGUGGAGAAUUUGAGCAGAAUGACCCUGACCAAUAUUUAGCUGAAUUGCAAAAUCUAGUUGAAAAAAAUAAGGGGAAGAUCAGAGCAAUUGGGGAAUGUGGCCUGGAUUUUGAUAGAUUAGAAUUUUGCCCUAAAGACACCCAACUCAAAUACUUUGAAAAGCAAUUUGACCUGUCGGAGCAAACAAAAUUGCCAAUGUUUCUCCACUGUAGGAAUGCACACACUGAAUUUUUAGAGAUAAUGAGAAGGAAUAGAGAUAGAUGUGUGGGAGGAGUGGUACAUUCAUUUGAUGGCACAAAGGAAGAAGCAGCUGCUAUAAUAGAUUUGGAUCUCUAUAUAGGAAUAAAUGGUUGCUCACUGAAAACAGAAGCCAAUUUAGAAACACUGAAGUCAAUUCCUAGUGAAAGAUUAAUGAUAGAAACUGAUGCUCCCUGGUGUGGUGUGAAAAAUACUCAUGCUGGGUCAAAAUAUAUAAAAACAACAUUUCCCACAAAAAAGAAAUGGGAAGUAGAGCAUUGCUUGAAGGACAGAAAUGAACCUUGCCAUAUAAUGUGUCCAGAACUGAACAAAGUCAUACAGAGAGGAACUACUACCUCCUUGUUUUGUGACAUGAUGCUUUUGUACACGCAUCACAAAAUUGUAUUGGUCUUUGCCUGCCAUAUCACACUGCAAACUCAUACCAAAUUUGUUGUCUGUCAAUUUCCGGUCUCAGCAUAUCUGUUUGCCACAUUUUCCCCUCAUACAGAAUUUGUGAUUUCUUUUGCCCCGGAUUUAAAAGCUUGCAUUUUUCCAUGUUUAAUCUUGUUGUGUUUUUCUUGGGCCAUGUUUCUAAUGUCUAUAACAUAUCUGUAUUAUCUCUGUCCUUCCAAUGCCUCCUUCUUUAGUAUCAUCUAUUAAUUUCAUUAGUGUGCCGUUUAUCACCUCAACAACCACCUCCAAGUCAUUAAUGAAAAUGUUAUAUACAAUGGGUUCUCACACUAGCCUCUGUGAUACCUCAAUAGUCCAUGACUCUUCUGUCCAUGCGACAGCGUUCACAUCCUAACCAGUUUGGAUAAAUUUUGACUAAUAUUGUGAGUUGCUAGCCACUUCAUUUGGAAAAUCCAAAUAUAUCAUACCUGAUUCAUGUGUUUUAUGUAAGGACAGAACCCCGUUGCUUUCUGAAAA